GAGAAUAAAGUCAUGUUAUUUUUAAGUAGCCUGCACCGAAACGUUGUAGCUUCUGUUAGACAUGGACGUGGAGGAUUUCAUUAAAUCCUAUUUUAGGAUGGGAUUUUGUAAUAAAGAGAUCCUCCAUCUCUUAGCACAUCAACAUGGAGUUAUUAUAAGCAUCCGGACACUGCAGCGGUUAUGCAGAAAAUUGAAUUUAUUCAGAAGAAAGAACCAGACAGACAUUCAAGAAAUUGCCUCUUUCGUGCAAUCUGAAAUGGCAACCAGUGGUCGACUCCAAGGAUAUCGAUGGUUACAUCUGCGUGCUAUUCGAAGAGGAUACGUUGUUUCUCAAGAGAAUAUGAGGAUGAUAAUUAAAGCAAUAGACCCUGAAGGAGUGGAACACCGGCGCGCUCGACGUCUCCGGCGUCGCCAGUACUUCAGCCGAGGUCCGAACGCGUUGUGGCAUAUGGAUUCAUAUGAUAAACUCAAGCCGUACGGCAUUGCAAUUAAUGGUUGCAUUGACGGCUUUAGUCGGUUUGUGUUAUGGAUGGAAGCGUACAAUACUAACAGUGACCCCAAAGUAAUAGCAGCCUACUAUAUUUCCACUGUAACAGGCAUUGGGGGUUGUCCCGAGCGAUUGCGUGCCGACCCUGGGACGGAAAAUGGACAUGUCAAAGACAUGCAAGUUUUCCUGCGGAGAAACCACACAGACGGCUAUGCAGGCGAGAAAAGUUUCAUGUAUGGAUGCAGCACGGCAAAUCAGCGCAUAGAAGCAUGGUGGGGUAUCCUGCGUAAACAAAGUGGACAGCUUUGGAUGGACAUCUUUCAGACCCUCAGAGACGACGGGCAUUUCUCUGGUGAUUUCUUGGACAAAAAUCUAAUACAGUUCUGCUUUCUUAACCUUAUCCAGGAUGAAUUAGAUGAAGUUGUGAGAACAUGGAACACCCACCAAAUAAGACCAAGACCAGGCCAGGGAAUGCACGGACUACGGCCUGCUUUGAUGUUUUCUAUGCCAGAAAUUUAUGGUGCAGGGGAGGACAAACUCAAAUGUGUUGACCCUGAGGAAGUGGCGGUUUGCAAAGAGGAGAGCACCCCAAAAGGGCCAUACCCCUGUGACAAGACUGUGUUUGAGCUCUGCACACUUCUUAUGGAAGAAAAAGGAUUAACUGCUCCUACAGACCCAUACCAUGCAGCUGAAGUGUACAUUCUGUUAAGAAAUGAGAUACUAGAAAAUAUCUAGAAAGAAAAACUUUUAAUGUUUUAAACUUGAGCUCUGAUCUUAAGACUCAGACUGUUUCAGAAAAU